AUGGAUCGCUCGUUGGCGGCCUUGCUGCGCUCGCUGCAAGUGUCAUCUUCUCCCAAAGAUGCUCAUCGACUGUUGCCGUCCGCCACCUCGUUACUGUCGCGCCUUUCCAAUCCUUUGAACAUAACCCUCCUGUCCUCCCAAAUCCUUGAACACAAUGUGCUGUGGCCACAGCCUGUACGGCUGGUAGAUGUGCGCCAACUAUUCAGCGUCUUCUACACCGCGACACUGCGCUUUCGGGAGGACAAGCGAAGAGAGCUUACACCCGAAGAGGUCUUCGCGAACUCACAGCAGCAGAACCUGGCCCCGAGUCAGCUGUCCGAGUCGCGCUGGAUAAAGGCGGUCAUAAAGGGCGCAUCUGGUGAGAGCAGUCCGAGAUGGCGGCAUGCGGUCAUGAUUGGCGCCAUACUGUUGGCAGGAACUUCGCAUGGGGAAGAGCCGAUCGCAGCUGGCCUCCGUCCGAAGCUGGAGACGGCGUUGGUCACUGCUUCGAAUCUAGCACUUCAAAGACCUGACGACCUGGACGGACAUCUCGCGGUUGCGUUCGUGCUCAACAACACAUUCCAGCUGCUUUCGGAUGGCAAUACAAUGCUGUUGGACGCUGAUGCGCUUCUGCCUGUUCUGACACAUGUGACCUUCUUCUCUCAAGAAGGGCUUGAGUACGGCUAUUGGCUUACUGCAAUCGAUCAAGACGUUGUCGCUACUGUGGACGGCAAAUCCGCAUGGUCUGCCAGGUCUACGAGCUUCGCAAGAGUCCAGGAGAUCAAAUCGAGGCCAUUCGUGAGCGGGUUGGGAGGGAUCUCGAGGCUGAUGGCGUAUGCCAUCGACCACGCUCACAAAUAUACGAGGGUUAUUGAGACGGUUGCGCGGCUAGCAGACUUUGCAAGGGUUGUUAGCGCGAGCUGGCGACAGAACAAAUUGUCUGAGGUGGACAUCAGCGAAGAAGCACAGAUACUGAGCCAAGAGACUACCAGAAAGACCCUGCCGGCUCUCCUCCAAAUCUUCCGUGAUAUGAUGUUCACCGUCAUCAUAGCACUACGAUCAGUGCUCGGGAGGCUUCUCACUGAUCCUUCCUUUGCAACAGACACCAGCGCGCCUGGUAUAGCGAUUCUAUGUCUGGACAUUCUCCGUGACACCUACUUCAUCUCGCACCGCUUCGGUCAAACAUCGUCUUCGCAAUACACUUUUGUCAGCUUUACAGCACUGGAUGUACUCAACCGGUAUCCUCGCACGGUGGAGAAUUUCCUCAGGACGAACAUACCUAAGCACGCAGGUGCAAUACCUCGCCAUCCUUUAGAGCGCAAUCUGGACCUGUUUUUCCUCAAUACCAGCGAGAAUCUCACUUUGACUGCGUCAGCAAGCAUGAAUGAUGAGCUUCUCGUAAUGGCUCUACCUUACAUUGAGGCGCAAGGAGAUCCGCGGCUUGGAGAACUGUACGAAGCAGGACACAGCCUCGUGCUUGCCAUUUUUGCUGCACCACAGAACGCAGAUCUGCUCGUCAAGCAUACUCCGCAUUAUAUCGAAACACUGAUGCGAAGUUUCCCACACAGUCUGAAUCCCAGACAAUUCCGUCUGGCCAUCAGAUCUGUGGUCAAGCUGGCCAGUCCUCCGUCCACAGUCGCCACGCUGAUGCCACACCUACAGCCCAUCAUACUCGAUCUCCUGAGCCAGCGACUGAUCAACGCUUCGGAGGCUGUGUUACCUGCCAUGUCGGAUUUGCCGGUGGAGUCUCAACAGCCUCUGUCCGAGAAAGCCGUGCUCAUGCUGGCCAUGCUGGAGUCACUGCCCUUCUUGCCAGUGCCUGCUCUGCGAGAGUGGCUCGAUACAGCUGCUGAUCUUGUCCACAAAAUUCAGCACCCAGCUCAGCGAGCUCUUUGCCAGCAGAGAUUCUGGGAGAUCCUCAGCAAUGGAGAUAUGGAUGUUGAUCGUGCUGCUACCAGUGUGACUUGGUGGAACAACAGCGGUGGGCGUGAAUUGGUCACACUAGGACAGUUGCCUGAGGACGACGAGUACACCAUGAGCGGUGCACUGGUCCAAGACAGCAAGCUUUGA